AAAACAUUUUCCACGCCAACAAUGAACAAUCCCUCCCAUUGUUGAAAAUUCGUACGAGGGAAGGGAUUUCACCCCUCCGCAUCUCUUCUUCAACAAAAUCAUCCAAAAAUCUAUCUCCCCCGCCUACAAUCAAAUUUUCGAAAUGGAAAACGAAGCAGAGUAUCACGACGCUUACGAAGAUUUCAGAGAUAAACCCAACGAAAACGCAAUGAUCGCUAAAGAUGAGGAUUUUGGCGAGGGUGAUGAUGUGUGCCCCAUCUGUUUGGACACCUUCACCAUCCCAUGCAAAUCCAAUUGUGGUCACUUGUUUUGCGGGGGUUGCGUUCUGCAAUUGUGGAUGUAUAGAUACUCGAUUCAGCCCUGCAAAUGCCCGUUGUGCUGCUGCAGAAUUGUGAAUUUGGAGGUGCAAGCAUCUGAACAAGCUGAUAAUGCCGGUCGGGUCACAAAGGAAGUGCAGCACUACAAUGGCCUCUACAUCCCUGGCCUCUUUGGCUCGCUCCAUACAUUACCAUUACUAAUGGGGAGGAUAUUCAGAGUUCUAGUGGAUCUUGAUUAUUUGAGAGCCAUCUACUACGUACUACGCAUCAUAGGGUUAUUUCUGGGAUUCAUCUAUGAACUGCUCGAGUUUGAGUUUUUACCAACUGGAGGGUUGGGAAUCCAUAGAAUGUUCGAUCUCAUCGCUAGCUUGCUCGUUGCUGCUCUUUUUGUGGUAGGUGUGGUUUAUAAAUGGUCGCUUAAACGUCGUGCCAGACUCUUGGUAGUAGUAGAUACUUCGCUCAGGAAUGUCACUUGAUUUUGCUGUUUAUGUCCAACACCAUUGUUAAGUGUUGUGCUUAGAUAGCAUUUGUAUCAUAUAUUAACAUAUAGGUAGAUGUUAAUUAUAACUGAAUGUAAAAAAGUCUGAAUUUCGUGUAUAUAGUAGAAUGUAGGUUGCUAUGCCAUUUUGUUACAUCCCACAUUAAAGUGGAGGACUACCGCAUUAAAAUGAUAUGUAUAUGUCAUUUUGAUAUACAGUAUAUUAAGAGAGAUAUUUGUUAUUA